UGGUUUUAAACGUAAAUGUUAUCGAUCGCUAGAUCAUUAGCGGUUUUUAUGAAAGUGCUCAUAAUUUCGUUCAUUUUCCCUCUCUUUGAGUGAAGGAUUUUGGAGUAAAUCAAUGCGUGUACCGGCCUAAUGGAAACAUGCAAGUUAGAAGCUGAAGCCCCAGUGCUAGCACACAAUGAGAUUUCCUGAUCACGAUGUACUUUUCAAGUUCAGAUGAUGGCAAGAAAUUUCUUGAGGAUGGGAGGAGGCAAUCCAAUGUUCCACACUUUAAUGUCUUAGAAGACACGGAUCAGAACGGUUCGGUAUACAGUGGAAAUGGCCCCAAGCAGACAAAUGCCUCAGCAUACUCUGGCAAGGGGACUUUAUCACAAAGUCAGCGGGAUGCUUUUGGACGUAGCGCUAGGUCUUCAGGGAGAAGCAGAGCCCAGGUGAAUGGUGCAAGUUCGCGUGAUUAUAAUUCACAAAUACAAUCAGAUGAAAGGGAUGUGUUGGAUACCAUGUUUGAGGAGCCAAACAGGAGGUUAUCUGACGCUGAAAGAAAUAUAUCCGAGGAUCAUUGGUUUGCCCAUCAAGAAAGAAUACACCCCUCCAACCUGAGACUUGGUAUACCCCAUCCUCAUGAACAGAGCAGGCUUUCAACAGAAGGAUCAUUCCACUUAUCACAUCUAGAGGGGGACUCUGUCUCGGAGGGAUCCGAUGAAAUGGAAUAUUCUUCUGGCUCUGAUCAUAUUCUCCCAGUACAAAGGACAAGUGAGGUUUACCUCUCCGGACCUCGGUUUACUGACACCAGUCCUGAUGCUCGUACAAGAUCAAGGAGAACCAACGAUAUCGGUCACAGGAACCCUUCUUCCAAACAUGAUGGUUUGUCAUGGCAACAGUAUAAGGUGCUUGCUACCAGAAGGAAAGAAGCCCAAAGUCACACUGGGAGGAUGGAUGUAGAAGGGAUGAAUGGGAGGAGUUUUGCCUCUUCUGAGAACCCAUUCAGAACUUCUGCCGACAUCCACCGCCAUGAAUUUGAAGGUCGUCAUGAACCUGAUGAUCAUCAAGAAAGAUUCCUUCUUGAUGGGUUGACUGGACAUCACAGUCCUUCCCCACUCUCACGUUCAGCAUUGGACACAUUCCAAAGCCAGGAAAAUCCCAGUGGAGAUGACAUGAAACAUAGUCGCGAUGCAAGAAUGUCCACACUUGUGGAUUGCCACAAUGAAUUUGAUCCAGUAAUUGAUGACUUUGAAGACUGUGAGUUUGAGCAGGAAUACAUGCAUGAUGGAAGGCUCCAAAGGCCUCAUUCAUCCAAGACAAAGAUACGUCAUCCUAUACCAUCCUUCAGCCAGAUUGAAGAAGGCAAUGCUAGGUUAGAUCUUGGGGAAUUUGUGCCUCCAGGACCUACAGUAGAUGGGCACACUUCAGACAGCCAAACAACCUCCAUAUACAGUAUUUCAGAAUUCCAAAGAGCAGAAUUCCAUAGAGUUUCAAAGAGAACAAACAUUCAAAGGCUGCAAGGUCAAAGGCAGGUUGCUAACAGUAUUAUUUCCAGAACAAAUUCAGGCGAUUCCGAUGUUGAUUUGAGCGAACACAGGGUACUAAAUGAUCACAGCCAAAACCAUGAGCAGGUACAGUCUAUGCUCCCAGCAGUAUUGGAACAAAAACAAAGUGGUGCUCACCUGACAAUUCAAAGUCUUCCGCCAUCAAGUUCAUCAGCAUUGGAUAGGACAGCCUCUGGCAACACUUCAUCCCUUGACCUGAAGCGACCAAGAAGGAGAAAGCUGGAAACUGAGUUUUCAAACUCGCAGACAUCCCCGAGUGAAGCAAUGAGAACAAGUCAGUUUGCAGGAGGUGAUGAUUUCCUAGGAGAUGCAACAGUGCAUGACCCUGUGCUCUCUUCUCUAUUAUCGUCAGACUUUAUGGGUACAUCUGUCCAGGAAGACCGUAGGAUUUCCUCUAGGCAGCUUCAGGAACCUGACUACCUGUCGAUGCAUCAGCAAGAGGGUCACAACAGUCAGCCUAACCAAAGUGAAACCGGAAGAUCUUCUGACGUUCUCAACAACACAAUCAACAACCAAAGGACCAACAACACAAUCACCAACCAAAGGACCAACAAAUGCCAAAGCAGCUUUGCAUUCUAUGAGAAGUUGUGA